AUGGAUGCGUUGGAUGAUGCAACUCCGACUGCACCGCCGGAGCCUGUUCUUGAAGUUCCUCCUCCACAAGAAAUUAAAAUUUUGGAAACUGCUGAAGACAUUCAGAGUCGACGAGCUGAAGUUUUGGGGCAUUAUUCGCAGUUCAAAGAGUUUGCCCGAGUUAAACGUGAUCGUCUAGAAGAGGCUCGUCAAUUUCAGUAUUUCAAGCGAGAUGCUGAUGAGCUGGAAAUAUGGAUAAUUGAAAAGCUGCAAACAGCUUCGGAAGAAUCAUUCCGAGAUCCUACAAAUUUACAGGCAAAGAUUCAAAAGCAUGAGGCUUUUGAAGCUGAAGUUCAUGCCCAUUCGAAUGCUAUAGGACAACUUGAUAAAACUGGUAAUGACAUGAUACAACAUCAGCAUUUUGCAUCUGAUAUCAUUAAGAAACGACUCAAUGAGCUUCAUGCUUUAUGGGAUCAGCUAUUCUUUAAGCUUAAAGACAAAGGCAUCAGACUUCAGCAGGCCUUGAAACUGCUCCAAUUCAUUAGACAGUGCGAUGAAGUACUUUACUGGAUUCGUGACAAGGAAGCUUUUGUUACAGCGAAAGAUUUUGGUCAAGAUUUAGAACACGUCGAAGUUUUGCAACGAAAAUUUGAAGAAUUUUUGAAAGAAUUAGGCAACCAUCAUUAUCGGAUAACGGAAGUUAAUCAGGCAGCAGACAAACUUAUUGAAGAAGGCCAUACAGAACAUGAAACAAUCAAUACUAAAAAGGCUGAAGUUAAUGAUGCGUGGCAUAGGCUUAAUACUCUAGCUGCAACUAGGAGAGAAGGUCUAUUUGGAGCUCAUCAGGUGCAACGUUUCAACCGUGACAUUGAUGAAACUCUGGCUUGGAUUGGAGAAAAGGAUGCCACACUGUCCUCUGAUGAUUAUGGACGUGAUUUAAAUAAUGUCCAAGCAUUGCAACGUAAGCAUGAAGGAACAGAACGUGAUUUGGCUGCAUUAGAUGCUAAGAUGAAUUCAUUAUCAGCAGAGGCAGAACGACUGGUACAAGUACAUCCUGAUCGAGCAGAUGCAAUCUAUGCAAAAAUGAAUGAAGCCAAAGAACAGUGGGCAGCAUUAAGAAAGAAAGCACAAGCACGUAAAGAUGGAUUGGAUCGGUCCUAUAAUCUCCAUCGGUUUUUGGCGGAUUAUCGCGAUCUUUGCUCUUGGAUUAAUGAUAUGAAAGCAGUUAUAUCAGCUGAUGAGUUAGCUAAAGAUGUAGCGGGCGCCGAAGCAUUACUUGAAAGUCAUCAAGAGCAUAAAGGUGAAAUUGAUGCACGGGAAGAUAGUUUUACACAAACAGCAGAAGCUGGUCAAAAACUUUUAGAUGAACGAAUUGAACAAUCUGAUGAAGUUCGUGAUAAACUGACGCAUCUAGCACAAGAAAAAGCGAGUUUAUUGUCUUUGUGGGAAGAACGACGAAUACUUUAUGAGCAGUGCAUGGAUUUACAGUUAUUUUAUCGAGAUACGGAACAGGCUGAGACAUGGAUGACUAAGCAAGAAGCAUUUUUAUCAAACAAGGACUUGGGCGAUAGCUUAGAUAGUGUUGAGUCACUUAUUAAGAAGCAUGAAGAUUUUGAAAAAUCUUUAACUGCUCAAGAGGAAAAGAUCAAUGCCCUGGAUGAAUUUGCUUCGAAAUUGAUACAAGGACAACAUUAUGCUGCUGACGACGUAGCUCGACGGCGUAUAUCACUUUUGGAUCGUCGAAAACAACUCAUUAAAAAGGCAUCUGAAAGGCGAUAUCAGCUGGAGAGUUCUUAUCGUUUGCAACAGUUUGAUCGUGAUUGUGAUGAGAUGGUUGGUUGGAUAACAGAAAAGUUGAAGACUGCUAAAGAUGAUUCUUACCUUGAUCCUACGAACAUUAGAGGCAAACUACAGAAACAUCUGAAUUAUGAGCAAGAGUUAAAAGCGAAUAAGAAUCGCUUGGAUGAUAUCAAUAACACUGGAGUUUCCUUGGUUGAAGAACAACACUAUGCAGCAUCACAUGUACAGGAACGUCUAAAUGAGGUGAUUGGACUGUGGCACGAAUUGGUUGAUGCUACUGCUAAAAAAGGUUCGAAAUUAAAGGAAGCUGGUGACCAGCAGCAAUUCAACAGGAAUGUUGAGGAUAUUGAAUUAUGGCUUAGUGAAUUGGAAGGUCAACUGGCAUCUGAAGAUUAUGGCAAAGAUUUAAUAUCUGUUCAAAAUCUACAAAAGAAGCAAGCACUUCUGGAAAGUGAUUAUAAUGCUCAUCAGGAUCGCAUUGAUGUCAUUAAGAAUCAAGCUCAAACAUUUCAUGAUAGUGGUCAUUUCGAUGCACCAAUGAUUUUGCGGAAAGAAGAAGCUCUUCGUACGAGAUAUGAUGCGUUGCGCGAUCCGUUAAAUCGGCGGAAAGAUAAAUUAAGUGAAUCCCUUCAUGGGAAUCAGUUAUUUAGAGAUAUUGAUGAUGAACUAGCCUGGAUUCGUGAGAAGGAGCAAAUUGCGGGCAGUUCAAAUCGAGGUCGAGAUUUAAUUGGUGUCCAGAAUUUGAUUAAGAAACAGCAGGCUUUGAUUGCUGAAAUAGCGAAUCAUGAACAGCAGAUCGAAGCUGUAACUGAAACAGCAGAAUUAAUGAUUAAGCAAGGUCAUUUUCUUGCUCCUGAUAUUCGUGAUAAACUUGCUCAAUUACGUGACAGCUGGCGAAAUUUAAAAGCGAGGGCUGAUAAGCGUCGACAAGAUCUCGAUGAUUCACUGCAGACUCAUCAAUAUUUGGCUGAUGCAAACGAAGCAGAAUCUUGGAUGCGAGAAAAGGAGCCAGUAGUCGGAAGUACUGAUUAUGGCAAAGACGAAGAUAGUGCUGAGUCGCUGUUAAAGAAGCAUCGUGCUUUAAUGUCAGAUUUGGAAGCUUUUAAAUCGACUAUUGAUUUGCGUAAACAAGCUAGUCAAUGUAAAUAUCAAGAACAACCCGGUGGGCAGCUUGGUAGGGAAUGUGUAAUGGCUUUAUAUGAUUAUACGGAAAAGUCACCAAGAGAAGUAUCGAUCAAGAAGGGCGAUGUUCUCACAUUAUUAAAUUCAUCGAAUAAAGAUUGGUGGAAAGUAGAAGUAAAUGAUCGCCAAGGAUUUGUUCCAGCUGCUUAUGUGAAAAAAGUUGAGGCAGGUGCUGCACAGAAAUCUACAUCUCAACAAGUUCCAUCAUCUAUUGGAGGAAAGCAAAACGAGAUCGAAGAUCAGUACCAGAAACUUGUUAUACUUGGAGAUACAAGAAAACGUAAACUUGAAGAAGCUUGUAAAGGUUAUCAAUUACUUCGCGAAGCUAAUGAUUUAGCUGAAUGGAUACGCUCAAGGGUAGGGAUGUUUCAAAAAGAAGCAGUUGCUGCGCAGCAAGAAAUUGGCAGUGACUUGGAACAAGUGGAAGUAUUGCAGAAGAAAUUUGAUGAUUUCAAAGGUGACCUUAAAGCGAAUGAAAUACGACUGCAAGAAAUGAAUCAAAUUGCAACAGCAUUAACAUCAGUUGGACAAACUGAAACAGCUAUAAGAAUUCGACAGCAAAUUGAGGACUUGAACGCACGUUGGCGUGCAUUAGAAGAACAAACAGAGCAACGUGAACAGCAGCUUGGUUCAGCUCAUGAAGUUCAACGAUUCCAUCGUGAUGUUGAUGAAACGAAAGACUGGAUAAUGGAAAAGGAUGAAGCUCUUGAUUCUGAAGAUUUUGGUCGUGAUUUGCGGUCAGUCCAAGCUCUUCAACGGAAACAUGAAGGUGUCGAACGCGAUUUGGCAGCACUGGGUGACAAAAUCAAAACACUGGAUGAAAAAGCAAAUCGUUUGCGACAAACACAUCCAGAAGCUGCGGAACAGAUUUAUGAUUUGCAACGGCAGUUAAAUGAGCAAUGGAAUCGUCUCACGGCUAAAGCUAAUAAUCGUAAAGAAAAAUUGUUAGACAGUUAUGAUUAUCAGCGAUUCUUGUCGGAUUUUCGUGAUUUGAUGCAAUGGACGGCAGCCAUGAAUCAACUUGUCUCCAGUGACGAACUUGCAAAUGAUGUGACUGGAGCGGAAGCUUUACUCGAACGUCACCAAGAAUAUCGAACAGAAAUUGAUUCCCGUUCUGCAACAUUUCAGGCAUUCGAACAGUUCGGCAACCAGUUACUGAACAGUCAUCACUAUGCAUCAGAAAACAUUAAGCACCGUCUUGAUGAUGUCAAUAAUGCACGGCAAAAGCUUGAAGAUUCUUGGGUCCAUCGUCGACAUGUUUUGGACCAGUGUUUGGAGCUUCAGCUAUUUUAUCGUGAUUGUGAACAGGCCGAUACAUGGAUGAGUGCUCGAGAAGCAUUUCUUAAUCAAGAAGAUACAGGCGACAAUGUGGAAAGCUUGAUCAAAAAACACGAAGACUUUGAUAAGGCUAUAGCUUCGCAACAAGAAAAGAUCUCAGCAUUGCAAACGUUUGCAAAUCAAUUGAUUAACGCAGAUCACUAUGAUAGAACUGCUGUUUCCGAGAAACGUGAUCAAAUUCUUCAUCGUUGGGAUCGUCUGAAAGCUGCUUUGAUUGAAAAGCGUAGUAAACUUGGUGAAUCACAAACUUUGCAGCAGUUUUCUCGAGAUGCUGAUGAAAUUGAGAAUUGGAUCGCAGAAAAGUUCCAGAUUGCUCAGGAGGAAAGCUAUCGUGAUCCGACACACAUACAACAAAAGCAUCAAAAACAGCAAGCAUUUGAAGCCGAACUUGCUGCAAAUGCCGAUCGGAUUGCAACGCUCAUCACUGCUGGUCAAAAUCUUAUUGAUGGGAGCAAGUGUGCUGGUGGAGAGGAUGCUGUUACACAGCGACUUAAAGCAUUAAACGAUCAGUGGGAAUUACUUGUUAAAACAACAUCUGAAAAAAGUUACCGUUUGAAAGAAGCCAAUAAACAAAAGAGUUUCAUGGCGGCCGUGAAAGAUCUUGAGUUUUGGCUUGUAAACAAUGUUUUGAUUUUUAUUAGAAAGCUAUUAUUUCGCCUUCUUGGAUCUGAGGAUUACGGAAAAGAUCUGGCAAGUAUUCAGAAUCUGCUUAAGAAACAUCAGCUUUUGGAAGCUGACAUAGCUACACAUGCGGAUCGUGUCAAUGAAAUGAAUAUUCAAGCGGAUAACUUGCUCGGAAAUGAGCAGUUUGAUCAACCGGAAAUAAGUAAUCGUCGCAAGGCUGUAAAUGAUCGCUAUGAAAAAGUACGUGAAAUGGCAAUUACUAGACGUGAAAAGUUGAACAAAGCUAUUACUGUUUAUCAGUUUUUGCGGGAUAUUGAUGACGAAGAAUCGUGGAUCAAAGAAAAGAAAUUACUUGUUUCGAGUGACGAUUAUGGACGUGAUCUAACAGGUGUGCAAAAUUUGCGUAAAAAGCAUCGUCGACUUGACAAUGAGCUUGCCUCACAUGAAUCACAAGUAUAUCUAGUUCGAGAAAAAGGCUUAGAACUGAUAAAUCUUUCGGAUAUUGCUGGUUCAGAAAUAAAGGAACGCAUGCAAGCUCUGGAAGAAAGUUGGGAUGAAAUACGGACCAUAACAGGAAAGAGGCAGCAAAAACUUGGGGAGAGUGAAGAUUUUCAAAUAUUUGUGGGCAAAGUAGAAGAAGAGGAAGCAUGGAUGAAUGAGAAACAGCAGAUAUUAUCAUCAGAUAAUUUUGGUGAAAAUAUGGCUGGUGUGCAAGGUUUAUUAAAGAAGCAUGACGCAUUUGAGGCUGAUUUGGCAUUACACACCCAGCGUAUCAAUCAGCUCAUUGCCGAUGGAAUAAAACUGAUAGAUGCAGGAAAUCAUCACAGUCCAGCUAUCAAAACACGCUGUGAUCAAUUGCGCAUACGAUUAGAUGAGAUUGCAGAACUUGCUCGUCGUCGGUUGCAACGUCUUCAAGAUAACAGUGCCUAUUUGCAGUUUAUGUGGAAAUGUGAUGUUGUUGAAAGCUGGAUCGCGGAAAAAGAGCAACAGGUGCGAUCGGAUGAUUUUGGACGUGAUUUGUCGUCAGUGCAAAUUCUUCUAACUAAGCAAGAAGCAUUUGACGCAGGCUUGAAUGCCUUCGAGCAUGAAGGUAUCCAGCGCAUUACGGAACUGAAAGAUCAACUUGUAAAUGCACGUCAUGCUCAAACACCAAAUAUUGAAAAGCGACACGGGAAUGUAAUUGGACGUUGGCAACAGCUUUUGGCAAAUUCAGAAGCACGGCGACAAAGAUUGCUUAAAAUGCAAGAUCAGUACAAACAAAUUGAAGAGCUUUAUCUAACGUUUGCGAAAAAAGCUUCUGCUUUCAAUUCCUGGUUCGAAAAUGCAGAAGAAGAUUUAACAGAUCCUGUGCGUUGUAAUUCGCUUGAAGAAAUUAGCGCUUUACGUGAAGCUCAUGCCGAAUUUCACAAAUCUUUGUCUACAGCUGAAGAUGAUUUCAAGCAAUUGCAACAGCUUGAUAAGCAAAUAAAAUCAUUCAAUGUAGGACCUAAUCCGUAUACAUGGUUUACAAUGGAUGCACUGGAGGAAACUUGGCGCAAUUUGCAAAAAAUAAUUAAAGAACGCGAAAUUGAAUUGCAAAAAGAACAUCGUCGUCAAGAAGACAAUGAUAAACUACGUCGUGAUUUUGCUCGUCAAGCUAAUGCAUUCCAUCAGUGGCUUACUGAAACUCGCGCAGCAAUGAUGGAGACAAGUGGAACACUAGAGGAACAGCUGGAGCUCCUAAAAAAGAAAGCGAUAGAUGUUAAGAAUAAUCGUGCUCAAUUAAAAAAAAUUGAAGAUUUGGGUGCUUUAUUAGAAGAAUAUCUCAUUCUGGACAAUCGUUAUACUGAACACAGUACUGUUGGCUUAGCUCAAGCUUGGGAUCAACUUGAUCAGCUCGCAAUGAGAAUGCAGCACAAUCUCGAGCAGCAGAUUCAGGCGCGCAAUCAGUCUGGUGUAACGGAAGAAGCUCUGCGAGAAUUCUCUAUGAUGUUCAAACAUUUUGAUAAGGAAAAAUGUGGCCGUCUUGAUCACCAGCAGUUUAAAAGUUGUUUGCGUGCACUUGGGUACGACUUGCCGAUGGUUGACGAAGGACAACCAGAACCAGAAUUUCAGCGAAUUUUAGAUAUAGUAGAUCCAAAUCGAGACGGUUACGUUACACUGCAGGAAUAUAUGGCAUUUAUGAUUUCAAAAGAAACAGAAAAUAUUCAGUCUAGUGAAGAAAUUGAAAGCGCAUUCCGUGCACUGUCAAAAGAAUUCCGUCCAUAUGUUACGGCUGAGGAACUUUACGCUAAUCUCUCUCCCGAACAGGCUGAAUAUUGUAUCAAACGCAUGAAACCUUACACAGAUGCUAUUUCUGGUAGAUCGGUUCCAGGAGCAUUGGACUAUGAGUUAUUCGUUCAUUCUCUAUUCCAGAGUUAG